UGACUUGUGACCUGCAACUGGAGGAGGAUGGAAUGACAGACAGCUCUAAGACGGACACACUCAACUCCAGCUCGAGCUCCACCACCACCACCACCACCGUUUCCAGCCUGGAGAAGAUGAAGAUCUUCCCCGAGGACUUCAUCUUUAAAACCCUUGGGCCCAUCAUCCCGGUCCCUGUCCAUCCUCCUGCAGUACUGACUGUGCUGAGGAAAGCCCACCCGCCCUUACCACCACCAAGACUUACGCCGCUUAGAGCCGAGGAUCACAACAUGAAGAAUCUGCCUCAUCCGACUUUAAUGUUAUCAGGGAAUAUAUCCAAGGCUAACGGGUCUCUGAUGAGGAAUGGCGGGGUUUUCCCGUUGAAAACCAGGGAUUUAUUCUCCUCCACGCCAUGUUUCCUUUCGAGUGACAGCGGAAUGCCUGAGUCCGGGCUUGUUCCUACAUUGCCCAGGCCAAUGCCCCUUCUCCGUCACGAAAAAAACAAUUGCCCAAAGGCCCCAGGCAGGGAGCCUCGGGAGAGGGAGCGUGUCCGUUUCAGCGAGACGGUCCAGUACCACGGCUACUGCCCGGACUGCGACCUCCAGUACGACGUAGACGACACAGAACUACACUUACAGGCCGAGCUGAGCGACUUGAGGCUUAGCCCGCUACACUGCUGCUCGUCCUCCUCCCCUCCUCCACCUCAUGCUCUUCCUCAUGAUCUCAUGUUGGAAAACGGCGGCCUCCCGUUCAGCCACAGUUUCCCGCCGACAGCGAACCCUCCUCCACCUUUUGUGCCUCCUCACCCGCCCUCCCGCAAGCCCCAGAAAACAAUCCUUCGCAAAUCAACCACCACCACGGUUUGACACCGACUCCCCUGUUCUGUCUACCUAUCUGUCUAUUCCUUGAAUCAUUCAUAGUGUUUUCUACUGUAAGAGAGAUUUCUGCUCCGGUUGAACUUUGGAUUAACCAAACACAGAGAGGAAGGUUUGGGAAAUAGGAAACAAAAGGAUGGAUGAAGUGAGUAGAAUAGAGAGGAAGGAAUUGCCCUGGGCGCUGAGACGUACACAGACAGAUCUGGAAGAGGCGGGCCCAUUGAGCUACUUGAGGUACAAGUGGAAGGGAUGCUUGUUUCACACAGUGAUCGAACGCGUGGUUGAUCCACCCCGGGAGGAGCCGGUGCCGAGGCCGAGCAUCAACCUUUUCGAAUGGCUCUCAAUCAGCAGGGGACAAGUUCCUCUGGACAAAUUCAUAGUUUUUGGGCACUAAAGCCUCCAGGCACGUGUUACUGCCACAGAGGAAGAGAGCGAGGGCAGUCACAGUAUGCAACGACAUACAGACAGAAAGAAUUUAUAUAGCUGUGGAGGUGAUAUUUUUGUUACUUGUAAGUAGUUGAAUUAGAGAUUAGAAUGCUGCUGAAACCCCUCUCAUCAAAAGUAAACCGGCGAGUUCAGAAGAAGAGGCAGAAGAUGGGGUGAUAUGAUGUCAGCUGGUGUGUGAUUCAUGUCUACACAGGCGUUUUCUUCUGUGCAUACUCAGAUGGAUAUCAAUAGCUCCAUUCAACCGAUGGAAUUUGCCUUUUAGAAAUUGUAACUGUUUGUGUCUGGAGAGGCUGACAUGUCGGCCUGGCCGUCUGCAGAUAGUGAGAAGGUAACACUAUGUCAGUAGUUGCCACAUGCACAAUCACUGUGUAUUUUAGAAGGACUAAUGGUCUCAACAUGAAUGAUGACGUGGUCACUGAUCUGUGUCCAGACAUUGUGUCAUUCCAUCUAAAUCUAUGUGCUCAGUUGAAGGCCAUGCACGCUAUGUUUAUAUCCCACAGUAACAUGCAGACGUACGGUGCAGUGUGGUAUGGCUACAGCUUUAAAGGACCCUUGAAGAAGUAAUAAUUUGCAUCAAAUUUUCUUUGUAUACAAAUACACACGGACAUGUUGGAUAUUUAUAUAUAUUUCAGACAUUUUUCUACAGAGACUUUAACAUUUAAAGAGAUGAUAUUUUUGA